CUAUUGACUGCUCUAGCCACAGUGAGCAACCAUGAAGACCUUAAUCUUCCUUGCCUUCCUUGGAGCUGCUGUUGCUCUCCCCCUGGAUGAUGAUGAUGACAAAAUUGUUGGAGGCUACACCUGCCAGAGGAAUGCUCUCCCCUACCAGGUGUCUCUGAACAGCGGCUACCAUUUUUGUGGAGGCUCACUCAUCAAUUCCCAGUGGGUUGUUUCAGCCGCUCACUGCUACAAAUCCCGAAUUCAGGUGCGCCUGGGAGAACACAACAUUGAUGCCCUUGAGGGUGGUGAGCAAUUCAUUGAUGCAGCUAAAAUCAUCCGCCACCCCAACUAUAAUGCAAACACCUAUAACAAUGACAUCAUGUUGAUUAAGCUGAAGACAGCUGCCACCCUCAACUCUCGAGUGUCCACUGUCGCUCUGCCAAGAUCUUGUCCAUCAGCUGGUACUAGGUGUCUUGUGUCUGGCUGGGGCAACACCCUGAGCUCUGGCACCAACUACCCUUCACUCCUUCAGUGUCUUGAUGCUCCUGUCCUCUCUGACAGUUCUUGCACAAGUUCUUACCCAGGCAAGAUCACUAGCAACAUGUUCUGUCUGGGCUUCCUGGAGGGCGGAAAGGACUCCUGCCAGGGUGACUCUGGUGGCCCCGUAGUCUGCAAUGGACAACUCCAGGGUGUUGUUUCCUGGGGUUAUGGCUGUGCUCAGAGAGGAAAACCUGGUGUCUACACCAAGGUGUGCAAGUAUGUGAACUGGAUUCAGCAGACCAUCGCUGCCAACUAAAUGCCUUUAGCUCUUCAUAAGCCCUCUCUUUGUUGUCAAAUCCACCUUCCUUCUAUGCCCUAAACCACUAUCAAGAGAAAAACAUUUUGUUUUUACCACAUCUGUCUAUGAAUGGUUCUUGCAUAAUAACGAACUUUCUCUUGAAAUUGCUGCCAAUAAGAAAAUAUAUACAGUGUUCUACUAUUUUGUGAAGAUAAUUAGAAAGGAUAUUAAAUAUUUCAUUCAAACCUAAUUUGCUAGUUUAUUAAUAUAGCUGGCACACCUUAGUUGAAUAUUUGGCUAUGAUAUAUGCUUUCUUAUGCCCCAAUGUGGUAGACCUAGUGUUAAUUAUUUGUAAUAGAUUAUGAUACAAAAAAUGCAGAGAUAAAAGCAAUAGCUAAAAGUCAGGGAAAUGGCUCAUACUGGAAUGGAGAUGAAGUCAAAGCUGCCAGCAUUCCUAGGUCAUUUCCAUUUCCAUGACAGAAUGCUAUUUCUUCUAUGUUUUUCUUCAGUCAAUCCAAAACUCUAUUGUGUUGUGUAAAAUAUUAAAAAGUACAAUCCAUGCUAUGCUGGCAGGGCCUGGAGAGCUGGCUGGCCAGGCACUGGCAGGCAUGGCCGGCCUGUUCUCAUCUUGUGGAGACGCUCUGACUCAGAGCUCUGAAAUCUCUCCACCCAGCUCACUAAGUUCCCACUGGUGGGUCAUUACCAGGCCAAUUCCCACAGACUUUUGGGUGCACUUCUUGCAAACCCACGCUCUGCCACUUUACCUUUCUCUCUGCAUGAAGGAAAACACUACAUAAACAUAGUUCAGAAUCAUUGGGAACUCAAUCACUGCGUACAACUAACAUAAUUUACAAGCCAUUCUAAGUUAAAUCCUCUGGAAGCAGAUCCAAAUGGAUCCACCACCUGAAACGAGGUCCCCUCUAUCUAUAUUUUUGCCUCAUCUCCAGCCCUCCCACUCACUCUCUUCUCCUCCACUGUCCCUCUGCCCACCCCGGAAGUCCCACCUACUUGCCCAGUGAUUGGUUUCUUUAUUCAUUAGAAGGGUCACAUGACAUCCCAAGUAUUUGAUUCACUCCUCUUUCCAGUCAGUUCCUCUUGGGGAAGUUGAAUUAGCAUCAAAAUACAGACAGCACCAGGGCUAUCCACAACACUACUACACCUACCUUUCCAAGGAUUCACACUCUAAUAUUUCCUCUUGUUUUUUUAAUGGAAUGUUGUUUUAAUAACAAAUACUGUGUAUGGAGAUAAUCUGGCCUAUCUUUUUCUCAACCACACCUCAAACACCAAUUUAAAUGAUGCAUUAACUAAAAUAUAAGCCAAAAAUAAAUGAAAUCAGUUUCUCUAAAAUAAACAUGUUAAACCAGAGUUCAUAAAUCUCUGGAUCC